AUGGUCUCUGUCAAUGUAUACACACUCCUUUACGCAUUUGGCUUCUUAGCCACAUGUACCGCUGGUAUUUUAAAAGAAGAUUCCAACCAGGAUUCAACGGUCGAUUAUGAUGUGGUAAUAGUCGGAGGUGGUCCAGCUGGACUUAGUGCACUGAGCAGCUUAGGAAGAGUUCGACGAAGAGCGCUCUUGAUUGAUUCAGGGGAGUACCGAAACAACAACACAAGAGCUAAUCACGACGUACUUGGAAGCGAUGGCCUACCACCGUCACUAUUUCGAGCUAGGGCACGCGAUCAGAUUUCUCGAUAUACCACUACCAGCUCACGAAACGGAACAGUUACAUCUAUAUCAUCCGCUCUCAAUGGUUCUUUCGUCACCACACUAGAUGACGGUCAAGAAUAUACAAGCCGCAAGAUCGUCCUCGCUACUGGCAUCAUUGAUAUUGUCCCACAAAUUCCUGGCUUUAGUGAAGCAUGGGGACGUGGAAUGUACUGGUGUGCAUGGUGUGAUAGCUGGGAGCACCGCGACCAAAGUCUCGGGGUGCUAGGGUCCAUCGAAGAUGCGGUUUUCUCUACAUUCCAGGUCAUGACUAUGAAUAAAGAUAUCGUCGCUUUCGUCAAUGGCACUGAUACACCAGCUAAUAGAGCUCUAUUAGACAAAAAGCUGCCCGGAUGGCAACAGCAGAUUACCAAAAUAGGAGCGGUACUGGAGAACCGUACCAUUGCUAGCAUUGAACGUCUACAAGAUGGAAAUCUGGUUCGGAAUAUAACAUUGUGGAAGGAGUACGACUCAUUCCAGGUAACCCUAGAAGAUAGUACAAAGAUCCAACGCGAUUCAUUCAUUGUGAGCUUGAAAAAUAGACAACGCUCGUAUCUCGGCGAUAAAAUCGGUGUGAAAAUAAAAAACGAAAGAAUGAUGGUCCAUCCGGCUAGUAUGCUCGCAGCACCGGGUGUGUAUGCAGUCGGUGACGCCAAUAAUGAUAGCACUACAAACGUUCCACACGCCUUAUUCACUGGUAAAAAAGCUGGUGUGUUCGCACAUGUGGACCUCUGGAAAACCGAUGUAAAAAAUAAUAAUGUAAAGCGUUCAGAACACGAUUUGAUGGUAGAAGAAGAUAAUGAAGUUGAAACUUUGUGGAAAAGGAUGUCCCAAGCGUAUAAAUGA